GGGUAGCCGGACCCUGCGGCGCCGCCGGGCCAGCCUCCCCACGUGGGAGCGGCCGGGCGCUGCCCAGCCAGCCCGCAGUCCAUUGGUUGGGCGCGAGCCACGCCCGCAGCGCUUGAAAAGCGAGCCCAGAGCCGCGCCGGGGGCUUGGCCCAACGGGGGGGUUCGGGUUGGCCGGAGGCCCGAGGCUCAGCCCCCCCGCCCCCCGACGCGGGCGAGGAAGCGGAGCGCCUCCUUACCCUCUGCCCCGGCGGCCGAGGAGGCUUCGGACAAGUCCAGCCGGCGAGUCCCGCCUGCUCCCCUCCCGGCCGCCCCGGACUCCCGCUCCUCUGGCUCCGGCCUUUCCCAACGCCUCCCUCGCGUGUCCCCAGAAGCCAGGAGGGCGCGGCCGGGCGCGGCGGGGAGCUCCUCGGAGGGUCUUUCCUGGCCCCGUAACGGGCCCCCCGGUAUCCAAGAACCCUCGCCUCGCUGUCGCGCCCCAGAGGCCCGGGCCACAGAGGGGCAGCGCACGGGCUGAGCGCCAGACUCCCCUCCGCGGGCCCGGAGGGGGAGGGGAAGAGGGGACGGAGAGGGAUGGAAGGGCCGCAUCCCCGGGCGGAGCGGAGAGCCUGACGCAGGCGGAGGAAGGCCGUUGCGUAGGACGAGAGCUCCUCCCUCCUUAACCUCCUCUCGGAGCGAAGCAGCGACACCCUCUUUGCAGGGUAGGGAGGGCGGCCGAGGCGGCCGAGGACGCCCUCCCGCUCUGCAGCAUCCCUAGCGGAGGCCGGUCCCCCGCGCCCGCCCGGAGGCUGAGGCAGCCCGGGGAAGAGGCGGCCGCGGGGGUGCUGGCGGGGGCUGCGGCCGCCCGGAAGGACUCGGAGAGCGGCCGCCGCUUCCUCCGGCCGCCCGGCUCGCCUGCCCUCGCCGCCUGCCUCCGCCGCUUCCCCUUCGGCGAGCUCCGAGCUUUCCCUGCGGGAGGCGCGCGGGGCCCCGGGGCCCGAAUCCGCGAGUUCCCCGAAAGGAUGAAUGGGGGGCGCGACGAUCCCAAGAAGGGGGUGGGAUUGUGGCCUUUCUUCUCACCUAGGAAGUGAGCUCAUUCCUCCUCCGCUCCGUUCCCCCAUCCCUGCUUCACUGGCUGCAGCCAGGUGCGCCCCUCGGUCCCCCCUGCCCCGGGGCUCCCGAGGAGAGGCAGGGGAAGGGGAGGGGGGAGUGAGGGUGGCCUCCGGAGGCCAGAGAAGGGCAGCGUGGGAGGCUCCGACCUGGCCGGGAUCUCUCCCGCUUUGCUCCUGAUGGGAGGGGGACUGCGGAGCCCCACUCCCAGGGAUCUCUCCUGCUUUACUCCUGAUGAGAGGGCGCCUGGGGAGCCCCACCCCUCGGGGAAUCUCUCCCGCUUUGCUCCUGAUGGGAGCGCGCCUGGGAAGCCCCACCCCUCCGGGAUCUCUCCCGCUUUUCCUGCGGCUACUGGCAUCUGGCCUGCGGCUCUGCCUAGGGCUUUGCCCUCUUCCCAGCCGCAGCUGCAACUUGCUUCUGUCCAACUUGAAGAUCUGGCCUAUGGGGAGGGGCCAUUGCCCACGCUCCCCUUUCCCCUAUCCACCUGCCUCCGCUCCCCUCCCCUCCUGGGCUUCCGGACCCCGGGGUAGCCAGGCUGCCCUCCCCUCCCCGCUCUCCUGAAAGGCUCUCUCGGGUUCCUGCCUCGGCCGGGCCCUCCUUGCCUCCUAAAAGCCGAGUCCCAGCGGAGGAGUGGAAGCCUCUUGAGGGCAGGAGCUCCUUGGGGAGGUCUAGAAAGUAGCUAGAAAAGGUUUCCAAUUCAGAGCCGGGUCAGGGGCCACUCCUCUGUCCAGCAGCUUCUCCUUCUGCAAGUGGGAGGGAGGGGUCAGGGCGUCCUCCCCACACCAGCCUCCCGGGCUGACUUAGGCUCCUGAGAUCAGAACUCCUGAAGGGGGAGGAACCCAGGGACCUGCCCCACCAUUCGGCCCUCCUCAGCCUCCCCACCAGCUCAUCUUGGCUUCCCUUCCUCCACUCCAUCUUCCUCUUGUCUCCAGAGCCCAGACUCCUCCCCCCAGAACAUGGACCCUGUCCUGGCCUAGAGCCUGAGCAGAGCUGGUGCCCUCCUCUGCCAGCCUUUCCUGCUUCUGCCCCAGCUGCCCUGGGAGCAAGAUGCGCUAGGGAAAAUGACGAAGGAAGUCAGCCUUGUGUCCAUCUACAGACCCUUCUUGAGCCGCUCACUGAGGAGAGGGGGCAGGGAUGGGGAAGGGGCCUUGCUCUGCAGGAGUUACCCCAACCCCUGCCUUCAGAAUCUCCUUAGCUUCGGGCCACUUCCUGCCCACAGUCGGCAGCUAAUGUUUGUUGGGCAGUAAGGGCCAGCCCAGAUCCCGGGCUUUGGGGAACAGAACAAAAAAGAACCCUAAGAGCAGCGGUUCUAGAGCACAUCAAGCUUGCAAAGGACUUUACCAGCCGUGAUGGCUUUUGGCCCCCGGAGUGUGUGCUGCUGCUACUCUCCCUAUUUUCACAUGAGCAACUCCAGGCAACCUCUGGGUGAUCAGCCCAGGGCCACCCAGCGCAGACCGACGUGAACUCGGGGCUUCUUGGCGGCUCCAGCAUCGCCUGUGCUCUAAUGUCCCAACAUGGAUCCCAAUGGGGACACACGGGGUGUGGAAGCAGCUGGCCGGCUUCCAGGGGGGCUUUCCAGGGCAAGCCUUCCCAGAAGGGGAGGUUCCCCAAAGCGCAGGACAAGCACCUUUCAGACACAGGAAGCCCAGGCAAGAGGCAGGCAGACAAGCAUGGGACACACUUGACUGAAGCCUGAGUCGGAAACCCAUCUGGGGAUUGGCUUUUAUUUCCGGAUGAUACACAGAUAAAUGGCGGACAGAUGGAAAAAGAAAGGAAGCGAGAUUGGCAGAUGACAGAGCUGGCUGGACAGAUGUGCAGAAGCAGAGAAACUCAAUGCCAGAUGCCAGCAAUGUAGAGAAUACAAGAGGCAAAGCGCACAGCUCGCAUUUUUAGAGCAGACAUUUUAUUUUCCUCAAUGACACGUAGAAACUGUUUUUAGUCUUUGGUUUUUAAAGUUUUGACCCCAAAUUCUCCUCCGACCGGUCCCUCCUCCCUAGGACGGUGAGCACCGUGACCCGGGUUCUACACGUGCCGUCAUACACACGGACGUCCUCCUUACCCAGGUUGUGAAAGAAAACAGGCCCAAAGGAAAGGAGGCGCCGCCUGCUCCAGUCCGCUCAGCCCCACGGCCUCUGCAGGGGCCCGGAAUCCCUCUUCCCUGGAACUGUCUCGGAUCCUUGUUGUGCCGGGAGGGACCGAGUCAGGGCUGCUCCCGACCCAGCUGCUGUAACCGGUCUCCCUGUCACUGGUCUCCUGGUUGCAGCCCCUUCACUUUGGACGCUCUCCGGGUCCCAGAGACAAUGGGGAGCACCCUAGGGAGUCGGGCUACUUUGGAUCUGUGGCGGCGUCUCCUGGCGGAGCCCAGAAAUCCCCAGCUCAGACGGCUUUCUCCUUUUCAUUCCACAACACACAAGACCGAUUUUUCCAAAGUGAAGGAAUCGACCUCCUUUGUGGCGAACAUUUUCAAGGGGAAAAUGGUCGUGGACAACGUGUUCCCCUUCCCGUCAGUUCUCAGUGAGGAACAGACCUCGUUCCUGAAGGAGCUGUAUGAGCCCUGCUGCCGCUUCUUUGAGGAAGUUAAUGAUGCGACGUGGAAUGACGACAAUGAAAAAAUCCAGUCAAAAACGUUCCAAGGGCUCAAGGAGCUGAAAACCUUUGGGUUACAGGUGCCAGAAAAGCUAGGAGGCAGCGGCCUGACCAACACCCAGUUUGCUCGCAUGGUGGAGAUUCUGGGCUGGCAUGACCUAGCCGUGGGCGUCACCCUUGGGGCCCAUCAGUCCAGUGGCUUUAAGGGGAUCCUGCUGUUUGGAGACAAGCAUCAGAAAGAGAAAUACCUGCCCAACCUGGCCUCCGGAAAAUCUCUGGCCGCCUUCUGCUUGACGGAGCCAAGCUGCGGCUCCGACGUGGCCUCCAUCCAGACCAUGGCCGAGGUCAGCCAGUGUGGCAAGUUCUAUAUUCUGAAUGGCCGAAAAGCGUGGAUCAGCAACGGCGGGAUAGCAGAUGUCUUUACGGUAUUCGCCAAGACAAAAGUCAAGGAUGUGACCACAGGAGAAGUGCAUGGGAAAAUUUCAGCCUUCAUUGUAGAAAAAGAAUUUGAGGGUGUGACCAGCCUGCAGGGGCCUGGGUCCAACACGAACAGUGGGAAGGGCCUGGAAAACUCGGGAAUUACUGCAGGGGUGCGGACGGCGAGGCGGGAUCAUUUGGUCAUGGAGAAGUCAACCCUGGGCUUGGAAUCGUGGGCUCUGUUCGCGCUUGCUCGGACAGAAUCCUGUCUCCGCUCUGUGCCACCUGUUCCCAAAGACUGGAGAGGAUCAUUCCGGGGACUAGGGGCGAGUGAGGACGGAGGAGCAGCAGGUUCUGGGCUUGACGGGUCUGCAGCAGGUGUGGGGAGGGAGCAGUGUCAGCUUGGGGGCCAUGUGGGCUUGCUUCUCCUCAGCGGCCCGCCAGAGAAAAAGAUGGGCAUCAAAGCCUCCAACACCGCCGCCGUCCUCUUCAAAAACGUGAGAGUGCCUGCUGAAAACGUGCUGGGCGGCUUCGGCAAUGGCUUCAAGGUGGCCAUGAACAUUCUGAACAACGGCCGCUUCGGGACGGUCUCGGCCCUGGCCGGCACCAUGCGCAGGGUGAUCAUCAAAGCGGCGGACUACGCCGCAAACCGGAAACAGUUCGGGAACCACAUCUGCAACUACGGCAUCAUCCAGGAGAAGCUGGCCCGCAUGGCCAUGCGCCACUACGUCACCGAGUCGAUGGCCUACAUGAUCAGCGGGAACAUGGACAUGGACGUCUCCGAGUUCCAUCUGGAAGCGGCCAUCAGCAAGAUUUUUGCUUCUGAGGCAGCCUGGGAAGUGACUGAUGAGUGCAUUCAGAUCCUCGGAGGAAUCGGCUACAUGAAGAAAGCCGGACUGGAGCGGAUCAUGAGGGAUCUGCGGAUCUUCCGCAUUCUUGAGGGUACCAAUGACAUCCUCCGGAUCUUUGUAGCUUUGGCAGGUCUGCAGCACGCGGGGUCCCAACUGCAGGAGCUUCAGCACACCUUGGAAGACCCGUUGAACAACACUGCCAUCCUUUUCACUGAACUUGGCCUCAGAGCAAAGCGCAUCAUAGGGAUACCAACGGGCAUUUCUCUGGACGGCGUGGUCAGUGGGCACCUGGUAGACACCGCGAGCCUGGUGACAAAGUGUGUGGACCUGCUCUCCGAGGUUGUGGAGCAUCUGCUUUUAAAAUUUGGCACCGAAAUCAUCCACCAGCAGUUUCACCUGCAGAGAAUAGCGGACACCGCCAUCGACAUCUACUCCAUGGGGGUCGUGCUUUCCAGGGCAACCCAUUCACUGAACCACAACCUCCCUUCUGCCAUGCAUGAGAAGCUGCUGUGUGAGACCUGGUGCUAUACGGCCUUCGAACGUGUUCGAUGGAAUCUGAAGGCAGUGAAAGCCUCAAGUUGGAACAACUACUACAAGAACAUGAGGUCUAUCUCUAAUGAAGUGGUGAAAAAUGGAGGAGUCGUAUAUUCUCGCCCUAUGGGCUUCUGAAAAAAGGGUUCAUCUCCUGGAAAGCAUCAGGAGAGCCUGGCCCGACCCAAAGAGUGGUUUAUUUAUAGAGAAACUAGAAAAAUAAUAAAAUUAUAGUUUCUUACUUA